UUGAAGUUUUAGUGUUAAUUUUCUUUCUUUAAAUAAUUUAAACAAAUUUAAGAUAAUAUAAUUUAAAAUGAGUAGAAUGGAUGAAAAAAGGUAUUUGGAAACAAGCAGAGGAGUGUUGGAGUUCACGGCUAUAGGUUUAAUAAAUCAAGUCGAAAGACACCCGGUCAUAUGGAAUAGACUACAUGAAGAUUUUAAAAAACGCGAAGCAAUUGAUAAUGCCUGGGAUAAAAUUGGUGCCGUGUUCGUGCCAUUCUAUGAUGAGCUAGAUGAAGAUGAAAGGCAAAGUAUAAUUGAUACUUUACAAGCUCGUUGGAAGAAUUGUGUGUCUGGUAUAAUGACAUCUGCAUCUCUUAAACGGAAAAAUGAUCGUCUGUUUCGUCCAUAUAAAUAUGCCCGCGAAAUGGAAUUCUAUUUAAAGACACGGGGCAUUAAAUUAGCAGAUAUUUAUGAUGCCCAAGAAAUUGAUGGAAUCGAAGACACUUUAGUUAAAAAAGAGUCACACGAUGAAGAACAGUCCAUGGAAGAAGAUGAAGUAGAAAAUGAAUUGGAUACUGAAGUCGCUGAACCAGCGCCGAAGAAUAAGAAGAACAAGAAUACAGAUACUUCAAUGACAUUCCGUUCGGCAAGAUUGCGUGAGAAGCAAGACAAAAUUCCACCUAAAAUCAUAGCCAUUACACCAAUAAAUACAAAACAAAGACAAAUUAAGAAAACUCCCGUUUCCAUUAAUAAUAGUGCCUGUUCAAAUAGUUCAAGGGAUGUCGAAGAGUAUAAUGAAAAAGAAGAUAUUCCUUAUAAUAGUACACCCCAAUCCAAAAAACCGAAGACCUCCUCGGUAGCCAUAAAUCAUUCAGUACAUGUUACCCCAAUUAGCCAACCUCCAACAUUAACAAAUGAAUCAGAUGAGACCGAUCAAGCUUUCUUCGAUUCGAUUAAACCGGCUCUGCGUAAGAUGAGUGAAACCCAAAAAUUGGACUUUCAAAUUGAUAUCUUGCAAAUACUGAAAACAUUUCGCAGUAACUAAAUUUUAAAUAAAAUAAAACGUUUUUUUAUAUAAAAAAAUUUAAUUUGUUAAAGAUAAUUUUGUAAACAUUUUGCAUUAAUAAUUUUCAUUUAAAAUACAAAAACUUUAAUUGUUGAUAAAAA